GCACUAGACAUUACAGUAAUUGGUUGCUGUGUUUCAGUAGACCUGCAUUGACCAUUAGUCCACCCUAGUUGCCUCCAGGUACUCUGCAUUGUGUGCACUUGUGAGACAAACCCCUUCUCCUUGGUUCAUUCCCACCUCUUCCCACACAUCAUUCAUCUCCACUCCUGGGCCGGUACCGGGGCAUCCCCCUUGCAGCCAGUGAGGGCAAGGCAGCCUCCUCUGGGGAGUGAGUAGCUCCCCCUCCCCUCCCACCACCUAUCCUGGAUGGUGUGGCUCUGUCUGGACGCUGGAGAAGCAUCAGAUAAUAAGACUGAGUAGUGCGAAUUGCACAAUGGGCUCUAGCUGGGGAUGAGCAAUGACUGCAGUACACUGAGGACACAUUGCAGCCAGCUUCCCCUGCAUCCUCCAGUGCCUGCUGCUGCUGGGGAUCUGACCGGUGCUUGUGCUGUGAGAGGAGAGUUUGGAGGAAUGCAAUAUGUUCCCCUGUCCCUGCUGUGGCUCUGGAAGUCCCUGUCUGUGAGUGAGCUGCACUUCUGUCCUCAGCACUCCGACUGGGGAUCCCUGGAGCAGCCAGGCGCAGGAGAGGAGUAGGAGGAGGGGGGAGCACCAGUGUCCAGGAGCUGGAGGAAAAUGCAGCUGUACUCGGGUGAGGCUGAGACAUGGGAGAUAUAAUUACUAUAAGGGGAGGAUUCGGACCUGGAGCUCGAGCAGAGCCUCCAACUUUCCCCUGCAGGGAAGGAAGCAGCCUGGAGCCCCUCAGCCCCCCUCUAAGCACAGCUACACCACAGUUCUGCAGGUUUGACCAGCGCUGAAGGAGUAAUGCAGAACAGGGGUCUGUUCCACUGCUGUCCCCUCUCACCCUCUCUCCUGAUUCACUGUCUAACGCUCCCCCUCGCAGGAUUCCUCCAGACUGCCAAGGCUGAACUCCAGAAGACAUGUUCCAGAUCCACAGUGGAAAAUCUACCAGGUGGUUGCCAGCAAGUAUGCCAGUGCAGACCUCCACCAUUACUGCCUCCACCUCCUCCUCCACCGCCACCUCCAAGACUCCCAGUGCCUAUUAAGAUCCCACAAUGCUGUGUGGAGGAGACGUGGUGGCAUUUCCUGCUCAUUAUCAUGGCGGCAGUGGUCCUCUUUAUAGUGGUUAUUAUGUGCUACAAAGCAAUAAAAAGGAAACCACUCCAUAAAGAAGAAAACGGAACUACACGGGCUGAAUAUGCAAUGACCCUGGAAACAGCCUAGACGUGAUGUAGAAAUAUCUUGGUCACACAACCCCUGCAGACCCUCCCACAAUACUGGAGGUGUUAAACUUAAUGUUUCGGGAGUGAAAAAACAAAAAGCUGUGUUCCGGAUAAAGCUGGUUACAGAGAUGGCGUGGACCAUUGUCUGGAAACGUCAUCAUGCACCUGUUAUACCAGAACAAACACACGUAAGGGAGGGCAGCAGGUGUCACACAUGGAGUAAAGCAGAGCUUAAGAUACUGUGGACAGAGAACUUGACAAUGCCACUGCAAUGCAUCUGCUUCCAUUACUGACUGCGCAGAACGUACUGUGACACUGGCAUGUGGAAGGAGGUGUAUGGAACCAAGCGGAAGAUCUAGAAGACUUACACCUGCAUGCGCGGCGUUUUCAUACCCAGAGUACAAACCUUAUUUUAUCUUAUACUGGACAGCGCCUUUCAUGUAAAAAAAUGCCAACAGAAUUGCAUGCACUUAUAGCCAAGAACACACAGCAGUGAUAUCACUACUAUGCAAUAACCCAAGGCCGAAAAAGUUUCAAGCAAGGCGAGAACGUAUAGAAUGGAUUAUUAUCAGUUGCCAGGGCUCCCGUAGUUUCUAUAUAAAUAAUUAAGACACCCUUUUAACAUGAAGAUUGCUCAGCCCAUUCAGGAUGUCCCAUACUUUCCUUAGGGUCCGAAACACAGUAAUAUUAUUAUUUUCUCGAUAAGGGCACUGUGGGCUUCAUGGUUUAGAACUCUGCAAUUUCCUGACAUUGAAAUUGUGGCGUUAUAAAGAAAUGAUACAAUUCUGCGCCGAAUAAGGUGAUCUUCAGCACUUUGCUGGCCCCGCCCCCUGAAUUUGUGAUGUCAUAAUUACGUCACACUGAGGAAGAGGGGGCGCAGCAACAAGAAGAAAAGCAUUGCCCAGAGGGGCUUUACAAGCUGCAUGUCCAGAGGGUCCUUUGUAGCAGCUCUACAGUCUGAAGGGUUCCAGGCACUCUGCAAGCCAAAUGCAGGUGCCAUGGGGCAGAGAUGGUGCCUCCCCCAGGGUCUUGAAGGCUGAACGAUGUUCCCCUGUUACACAAAAGGCAUUCCAUGCAACAUUUUGACAGCAGGGUGGUUUUAAAAAGACUAGGGAACAGCAUUCUCCAUUCACUUUCAUGAUAAACUGAUUGAGGUGGAGAUUUAUCAAACCUAAAGAGGACAGGUGCAGAAGUUGCAACCAACCAAAAUCUAGUUAUUUUAGAUAAUGUACUAGAUGAAUGAUAUCUAGAAUCUGGUUGCUAUAGGCAAUUUCUCAGCUUGCCCUCUUUAGACGUUUCGAUAUAUUGCUUUGCAACAUUACCAUUUCCUAGUCAGGAAAUUGUGGUUUUGCAAAGUGUCACUGUGACACUGCCCUGAUGCAUGUCAGGGGCCGUAGAGAGGGAGGCCGGGCCCAGGUAUUGCAGGUAAUGUGGGAACCGUGGCCACACCCCAAUUUUAAAAAAGUAAAAAAAUAAUACUGUAGGGGGUAGGGGUGUGCCAUUUGCCCUUCAACCAGAGGCAGAUCCAUGGAGGGGCGCGUUCAGUAGGAUAGCAUUUUCCCCCUCCAACAGGCAGAGGAGCUCAGCUGCAGCAGCCUCCGCAGACCAAUGCAGCCCAACACAAAGCAGCCUGCUCCCCUCCCCUCCAAGCAGAGGUGAAUGGGAGUACUGCUUAAGAAAGACAGUUCCCUAUACAUACAUUCAUUGGUGAAAUAACAGUACUACAUUGCAUAGCUAUCCAUUGCAGAACUCAGUUGACAAGUGAUGGUAUAAGGAUCCCUUUGAGGUUGUAUGGUGCUUUUAACUAAUUUUGUGUUAAACUUCUUUUAUACAGAAUAUUUUAUUUCCUAACUAAAAAGCAAAUCUGUUCAUUCCCCUUUUGACAAAAAUACAGGCGCUUGGUUAAUGAAACGGCACCUUGCACACAGAUGGAGCACAUAGCAAACAUUCCGGUGUUUGCUUUUAUUUUCUGAGCUGCACUGGAAAAAUGACACAUGGAGGGCGAUUCAAUUCUGAGCGAUGUUUAUUUACGAUAUCCAUUGUGCACGUCACUCAGAAUUAUACUAGAGCAACUUCAUUCAUUAUACUGUGAAAUGAACAAUGUUGUGGUCGCAAUGUGCCAACGUUACUAGCAUGUGCUCGCAGUUUUGACAGCACAUAGCCAAUAUCACUUGGAAUUGAAUUGCCCUACCUUCACCAUGCAGUUCAUACUAUGGUGCAGAUGUACUAAGCCUUAGAGAGAGAUAAAGCACUAGCCAAUCAGCUCAUAGCUGUCCUUUUUCAAGCACAGGCUGUAUAACAUGGCAGUUAGGAGCUGAUGUUAGCUCUCUCAACUUUUUUACUCUCCAAGGUUUAGUACAUCUACCUCUGUGUGUGAUAUCUUGCGGGUAUUCCAUAAUGGAUAAAAUGACCCUCUAGUGACAGAAUACUCCUUGCCAGGGACUCAGAGAGGUGCCCCAACUGGGGGCAUGGGCCUAAGAGGUCAAACCACCCCCACAAGAUGUUGUGACCAUGCCCCCAUCAGCAUUUAUAAAAGGUAAUAUUCACAGUGGUGGUCCUACUCCUGGCACUGGUCUGUCCUGCAGUGGGUAUUGAAAAUAAUGGUCCAUCAUACACAGUGGAAGUCAUAAAUCAUAUUUGCCUACCUUUUAUCCUUUAAUUCCAUGGAAAUGGUUAGGGAAAAAAUGAGUAGGUAGGAAUUCAUGAUGCGAUUUAAGUAUCAAAUGGAUGCGGAAAGGCGUAUGAUACCAUAAAUCCUUUCACCACACUCCUGCGGAUUACUUGCUCAAUGGGGUGUGCAGUGCUUUGUGUCAUUGUAACACAUCCCUGCCCAGUUUCCAAGCCUGAUGAUAGACCUUCAGGCAAAGACACCCAUUUACUUUGGAGUCCAAGAGGUCUCCUAAUAGACUUGGAAGUCACCUUGACAUCCCAAGAGAUUGGACAACCGUGUAUUAAAGCCUUUGAUAAAAGCAGAAUUGCCUGGACACUUCAGUCAGAUUUGCAGAGAGAGGAAAUUGUUUAUCUACCACCAGGAUUUGAUUGGUCCCCACUUACUAAAGGCUUUCCUAUGUUCAUUUUCGCGUACACAGGCAGCCAUCUUUGCCACUGGCACAGCAACAUAUUGCAUCUCCCAUGAUAAAAUGUAUAGUAGCAUACUGUUUGUAUUGUGCAAGAGCCUAUAAACUGAGGUAAUAUAUAAAUAUAUACCUUAAUAUGUAACAAUGGUUUUUAAUAUACCAAAGCAUAUGGCAUUACCAUGGCUACCAGUAAAACAGUUCAGUAAAACUUUAUUGCUCAAAGCUAAUAUAUUACACUAUAGUACAUAUGGAUGUCUAUCCUGAAUAGUAGUCAGUUGGAAUGAAGGAAAGUUUGACUGCAAUUUAAAAGGACCAACAUCACAAAACAUACGGUUAUGUACAAUUAUCAGACAGCUUGUUUGUUCACAAUACACUCUGUUCAGCCUCAACACCUUUUAGCCCUUUCUCCGGUUUAGCCCUUUCUCUGGUUAUAUGGAAGACUAAAAUGAUAACCCCUUGAUGAAUGUGACUUAUAAUUCUGUUUCAUCAAUGACUAUUCAUUUACAUGUAUAAUGCAAUCUUCACAGCUUAUAGCAGCACGUACAGCGAUGAAAAGAUUGUUUUAAUAUGCGUGAAUAGGGUACUUCACUAUACUCAGUUAUUAUAAAUAAAAUAUAUUGAGAUUA